AUGCAGACCCAGACGAGCCAGCCUGGUGGCACGCCAAGAGAGGGGGAGCUGCAAAGAUCCUCGGCGGCACGUCAUCCCCCGAAGAUAACGGGGUGCGAGAAAGGGCUGCGGCACCACGAGCAGCCAGUCACAAGUAGCGGCCGUGGCGUGUGCGGCUGCUGGCCGACGCCUGUCACUGCCUGGCAGACCCAGCGCGCUGGAUUUGUGGCAGCACCGGUGCCGCUUCCCCCCUACUCGCUGUCCCCUUCACCGCCUGCAAGAGGUGCGUCUGUUGUGUCCUACCUCCCACUUGCGGCCUUCGUGCCCGAGCCCGACAAGGUCAACAGGACGUCUCGUCGGCACUCCUGUCGCCAAGUUGACCUCCCAGGCGCGCCACAUGUUACGGCAAGCACGCGGAGCGAUGCUGUACAGCGGAGAGCUACAGCUGCCCCAUGUGCCGACACUCCUCUGCCGUUAGGAGGGCGUGGAGUUGGCGGGCUAUCCGCACCCCAGGAAGCCUUGCACCACGUACCUGCGACUAAGGAUACUCUUGUCCAACCCCUUUUAGUCAACAGGCACGUCUUGCUCUGUGGCCCCUAUGGCCACGGAAGCGAGGAAACGCCAGAUUCUACCGGCAUCUUGGGUGCCAUCUCGCUGGCCAAAGGUGCUAAAGCACAUAGAUAG